AUCCAGUUUUAACUUAAAAUACGAGAUAUUUCGGUAUUUUGAGUAAUUGAAAUGCAAACAUAGGCAAUGCUAUGACAACGUAUCGAUUUUCAUCAACUUGUUUUGCAAAACAACGUUUAGUUCGUUCUUGGUGUACUUAUCAUAAUCGAUUUUCGACUUUGUAUAUUCCUGCAUGCACGUAUACAAUGUCACAACAAAACUUGAAUAAAAAAUUUAACCAAAGAAACAGCAUAGUUUACGCUUCAAAUAUCUGGAUAAAUAAUGAAUAAAUUUCUACAGUGCUUGAAUUGUCCAAGAUAAUAUGCACUCGAAUGGGGAAGUGUGUAAUCACUUUUUUUUUAUUUUUCCUAAUGUCGAUAUUAAACCGAAUAUUCUUCAUACAUAAUUUGUUAUGAAUCAACGUUCUUUGAAAAUCACUACCUUGCUGCUUGAUAACAUUUUGGAAAUUGUACCCAUAGCUAGAACAAUAAAAAAGAGUGUAUUAAAUGGUGAUUAUUCUAGUUGGAUUAGAAAUGGAUAUGUACCAGUUUCAACUACAAUACACAUACAAGGCAUGGAAAUGCGAAUGAAGUUAGAGUACGACAUUUGCUAGAAAAGAAAUGCAUUACAAAUUUACCGCACCUGAAUGAGUUGAUAAGUGUUUAAUGUGGCCGCUAACGCGCCUACAACCUAAAUCAUGUAUUUUGUUAUGGAUUUAUAUUUGAUAGUACUAUGUCUUCUUGUAAUAUGUAUAAGAGAUAGCUUACAAGGACCGCACGAAAAACGACUACUGAAUCAUCUUCUGGCAACGUAUAAUACUUUAGAACGUCCUGUGGCUAAUGAAUCUGAGUCUUUGGAGGUGAAGUUUGGAUUAACUUUACAGCAGAUUAUAGACGUGGAUGAGAAGAAUCAAAUUCUCACCACAAACGCGUGGUUAAAUUUGGACGAGAAGAAUCAACUACUUAUUACCAAUAUUUGGCUUUCUUUGGAAUGGAAUGACUACAAUUUGAGGUGGAACGACUCCGACUAUGGUGGUGUAAGAGAUCUCAGGAUAACCCCCAACAAACUAUGGAAGCCCGACGUGUUAAUGUAUAAUAGCGCUGAUGAAGGAUUUGAUGGCACAUACCACACAAACAUUGUGGUCAAACACAACGGUAGCUGUUUAUACGUUCCUCCAGGAAUCUUCAAAAGUACAUGUAAAAUAGACAUCACAUGGUUUCCAUUUGACGAUCAACACUGUGAAAUGAAAUUUGGUAGUUGGACUUACGAUGGAAAUCAGCUUGAUCUUGUGCUGAACUCUGACGACGGUGGUGAUCUUUCUGAUUUUAUUACUAAUGGUGAAUGGUACUUGAUAGGAAUGCCAGGAAAAAAAAAUACUAUAACAUAUCAGUGCUGCCCAGAGCCCUAUGUGGAUAUAACAUUUACCAUUCAAAUUCGUAGAAGGACGUUGUAUUAUUUUUUUAACUUGAUAGUACCAUGUGUCUUAAUUUCCUCGAUGGCUUUGUUGGGCUUUACACUACCACCGGACUCUGGUGAAAAGCUAACAUUAGGUGUGACAAUUCUUCUAUCACUAACUGUAUUCCUGAACUUAGUGGCGGAGACAUUACCUCAAGUAUCCGAUGCUAUUCCCUUGUUAGGUACAUAUUUCAAUUGCAUAAUGUUUAUGGUAGCUUCAUCUGUAGUUCUGACAGUGGUGGUAUUAAAUUAUCACCAUAGAACAGCGGACAGCCAUGAAAUGCCUCCCUGGAUCAAGGCAGUAUUCCUGCAGUGGUUGCCUUGGAUAUUACGGAUGGGACGUCCUGGUAAAAAAAUUACCAGAAAAACUAUAAUUUUAGCGAAUCGGAUGAAAGAACUCGAAUUAAAGGAAAGGUCAUCAAAAUCACUAUUGGCUAACGUGUUGGAUAUCGAGGAUGAUUUUCGGCAUGUGACUAGUGGAAUCACCGGCUCGAACACAGCUAUUAGUUCAUCUGGUUUUUCUAGACCAACUACAGUCGAUGACCACCAUAAUUAUUCCGGGUGCUCGCAUAAGGAUUUGCAUAACAUUCUUAAGGAAUUGCAAUUCAUAACAAAUCGAAUGCGAAAAGCAGACGAAGAAGCAGAAUUAAUCAGUGACUGGAAGUUCGCAGCAAUGGUUGUAGAUAGGUUCUGCCUUUUUGUAUUUACGUUAUUUACGAUUAUUGCUACAGUCACUGUGUUACUAUCUGCUCCACAUAUAAUAGUGCAAUAAUGACGACUUGAAUUUUUAUAUGAAAACUUGUUAUAUAGGUGAUCUAUUAAAAUUUAUAAGAUUUUUAAAAUGAAAGACGUGUAAAUCAAGUUAGAAGUUAAUUAGAUUUUAAUAAAACAAAACAGUUAAAAACUGCCGACAAAUAAUGGUGAACGAGAACAUCUAAACAUCAUAAAUAACUAUUUAAUGAACACGCAUACAUAAAAAGAACCGAUAAAAAAUAAAUAUUUUUCUAACAAUACCCGUUUGAUAUAAUAUUUCUAAGCAUAAAUCCUCGAAUAUAAUUAAGCAACUGUUCCUGCAAUCAUUAUCAAAGCACUCAAAAAAAUGAUAGGAACUUGAAAGAUGUCUUUACAUCUUUAAUUUGAUGUAUUCCGUCAAUGAUAAAUGCGCAUUGUAAGUACCUACCGAUAACAUAAGAGGAUUUUAUAAGUCAUUCAGAGUAACAAAUGUAUAAUAUACUUUUCGCGACAGAAUAUAAAUGAAAUAUGCACUAUACAAUUAAAUAACAAAUGUGAAAUCUUUCACUUAAAACGUACACAGCUUAGAUGAGGAUCAAGUUUUAUAUAAUCCUUGGAUAGACAUUAUCAAUAUUGUGUUGAAUGAAUCAUCUAUAUGUAGAUGGUAAAAAAUCACAUCUGAUUUAAAGAUAAACAGAAAAUAUCGUAUAUAUUUCCGAUAUACGCGCAGUAUAGUAGUUAAUGUGAACAACGUGAUAAAUUUAUAGAUUUUCGUUCUAUACAGCGACAUGUUAAUACGAAGAAAUUUAAAUACGCGAGAAUAUAUGUAGAUUUGUUAAGUUUA